CGCCAAGAUUUUCUUCUCACAGGAGCGCACUCCUUCCGGCAUGAUGGUUUCAUGGGAUCCCAGAACAAGUGGGCUGGAAGGAAUCUCGAAAAAGGAACUACCAACACGUGUCCCGUGUCAGGCCCUGAUCUGGGCACUCUCGUGAACAUUAUCUUAACACUCCUAACUCUGCUUUGAGCCCUCGGCGUUGCUGACGCCCCCAAUGUCGUCGAGCAGCCGGGGGCCGGGGGCCGGAGCGCGCCGACGCCGAACCCGCUGCCGCCGCUGCCGGGCCUGUGUGCGAACUGAGUGCGGGGACUGCCACUUCUGCCGAGACAUGAAGAAGUUCGGGGGGCCUGGGCGCAUGAAGCAGUCGUGCCUGCUCCGGCAGUGCACUGCCCCCGUGCUCCCACAUACAGCUGUGUGCCUCUUGUGUGGGGAGGCUGGGAAAGAGGACACAGUGGAGGGAGAGGAAGAGAAAUUUGGUUUGAGCCUCAUGGAGUGUACAAUCUGCAACGAGAUCGUCCACCCUGGCUGCCUGAAGAUGGGGAAGGCUGAGGGUGUCAUCAACGCUGAAAUCCCUAACUGCUGGGAGUGCCCUCGCUGUACCCAGGAAGGCCGGACCAGCAAGGAUUCAGGUGAGGGACCAGGACGCCGCAGGGCUGACAACGGCGAGGAGGGUGCCAGCCUGGGGAGUGGAUGGAAGCUGACGGAGGAGCCGCCGCUUCCACCACCCCAGCCCAGGCGCAAGGGCCCCUUGCCUGCUGGGCCGCCCCCAGAAGACGUGCCUGGGCCCCCCAAAAGAAAGGAGAGGGAGGCAGGGAAUGAGCCCCCUACCCCAAGGAAAAAGGUGAAAGGAGGCCGAGAGAGGCACCUGAAGAAGGUGGGUGGAGAUGCCUGCCUCCUCCGAGGAUCGGACCCAGGCGGCCCAGGCCUUCUGCCCCCCAGGGUUCUGAAUCCAAGCCAGGCUUUCUCGUCCUGCCACCCUGGGCUCCCUCCCGAGAACUGGGAGAAACCAAAGCCACCUUUGGCCUCUGCUGAGGGCCCAGCAGUGCCGUCCCCAUCACCACAGAGGGAGAAGCUGGAGCGUUUCAAGCGGAUGUGUCAGCUGCUGGAGCGGGUGCCUGACACCUCCUCAUCGUCCUCGGACUCGGACUCAGACUCCGACUCAUCGGGCUCAUCGCUGAGUGAGGAUGAGGCCCCUGGCGAGGCCCGGAAUGGGCGACGGCCAGCCCGGGGCAGCUCAGGGGAGAAGGAGAACCGCGGAGGGCGGCGGGCUAUACGCCCAGGCAGUGGGGGGCCCCUCCUCAGUUGGCCCCUGGGCCCCGCCCCACCACCCCGGCCCCCGCAGCUAGAACGGCAUGUGGUACGGCCCCCACCUCGAAGCCCUGAGCCUGACACCCUGCCUUUGGCUGCUGGAUCCGACCACCCCCUGCCCCGUGCUGCCUGGCUUCGUGUCUUCCAGCACCUCGGGCCCCGGGAGCUGUGUGUUUGCAUGCGAGUCUGCCGGACUUGGAGCCGCUGGUGCUAUGACAAGCGUCUGUGGCCUCGAAUGGACCUGAGCCGGCGGAAGUCACUCACCCCACCCAUGCUUAGUGGUGUGGUUCGUCGCCAACCUCGAGCCCUGGACCUCAGCUGGACAGGAGUCUCCAAGAAGCAACUCAUGUGGCUUCUGAACCGACUGCAAGGCCUACAGGAGCUGGUGCUGUCCGGCUGCUCCUGGCUGUCUGUCUCUGCCCUGGGCUCAGCCCCACUGCCGGCCCUGCGGCUCCUGGACCUGCGCUGGAUCGAGGAUGUUAAAGACUCCCAGCUCCGUGAGCUGCUGCUGCCUCCUCCAGACACCAAACCAGGGCAAACGGAGAGCCGUGGGCGGCUGCAGGGGGUAGCAGAGUUGCGCCUGGCAGGCCUGGAGCUGACAGAUGCCUCCCUGCGGCUCCUGCUGCGCCAUGCGCCCCAGCUGAGUGCCCUGGACCUGAGCCACUGCGCCCAUGUCGGAGAUCCUAGCGUCCACCUCCUCACGGCCCCCACCUCCCCGCUCCGAGAGACCCUGGUACACCUCAAUCUUGCUGGUUGCCACCGCCUCACUGACCACUGCCUUCCGCUGUUCCGCCGCUGCCCGCGCCUACGCCGUCUUGAUCUGCGCUCCUGCCGUCAGCUCUCACCUGAAGCUUGUGCUCGGCUGGCAGCCGCUGGGCCCCCUGGCCCCUUCCGCUGCCCAGAGGAGAAGCUGCUUCUCAAGGACAGCUAGUUGGGUGCCCCCCACCCUCCCCCAGGACUCGUCAGGAGCCUGGACCUCAGGCCUUCAUUUCCCCUGCUGGGAGGCCAGAUUACCCACCCACCUCAUGACUUGGGAUUCCUGAGUUUUCUGACUUGGGAUUCCUGCCCAGGGACUCGAGCCUGCCUCCCCAUUCUCUACCCCCUGCACUGAUAUUUCUGGGGGUCUCUCCUUCCCAUCCCUUCUCCCUUCCAUCUGCUUCAUUGUCCAUCCCCUGGGGGGGAGUGGGUCAGAGGUACUGGGGGGGUGCUGAGCCAAAGGGAUGGUGGGAGGGUGGGUAUGGUGCAAGUUUGAGGAGGGAGAAUGGGGGAAGGGUAUCAGGAUACUGGGAGCCAGGGGCUGGGGAAGGUGGAGGCUGGGCUGGGGGAGGGGGGCAGAAAGCAGACCACCAAGGGUGCAGGGAAAGGACCAGAUACUUGGAGUUGGGGGGUGGGGAGGGCAAAAAGGGAAACCAGACGAGCAAUUGGGGAUCCCAGGUGUCAGAGGUGGGAGUACUUGGGGAAUCAGGGAAAGCCAGGGCUGAGUGAGGGGUUGGGGGAGGGACAAGAACAGGUGUGGGGGCAGUAGUACCCCCUUAGGGGGUCACCCCUCUCCUUACUCCCUCCCCAGAUUUCAGUUCAUUCCCCUUCCCUGACUCCUUGAAAGUCACUGACAAUGGCAGCUAUUGAGAGGAGUGGGGGCCCGCUGGCCUACCUGCUGUUCAGCGUGGCCCAGGGGAGUGGUGAGGGGUACCCCAGCCCCCUGCCUGCCUCCCCGCUCAAUACUUGAACAUUCAUCUGUACUGAAGUGUUACUUGAACCUGGGGAACCUUGGACCUAGGGGAGCCACGUUGAGGGGCCAGGACCAGCUUGGACUGAGACUGGACCAGUGGGUGCCCAGUUUGGACUAUGCCACUCCCAGGCUCUCUCUUGCUUUACUGUAUUGAGCAGCUCCACCCACUUGACCUGAGGUGGGGUGGGGUGGGGUGGGGUGCCAGCCCAACGAUGGGGAUGAUGGGACUCCUCCAGCUUGGCAUUUCCCAUUCUUUCAUCGUCAUGGAAACUUGUAUCCCAUUUGCCCAGGGAACUGCCACUCCUGGUUGCCAUGGAAAUAGCAGCCAAUGGACACGGGCCAAAGCCACCGUUAAGGCUAGAAAUGGCCCCUUUUGGUUGCCAUGGGAACUUAGUAACACUCUUGCCCUGCCUCUUCCUCCAGUGUGAGGGCGGGGUUUGGGGAGCCAGGGCCCGCCCCUCAGCCCAGGCCUGAGGC